AUGGCCAAUGAGCCGUGGUUCGAGGGGCCGCUGCUCCCGGGGGUCCCCGGAGAGACCCCGCCCCCCGAAGGCCUGGAGGCCCACGGGUCUCAGCCCCGCCGGGAUGCUUCGUGGUUGACGCCCCUCGGCCCACCUGGCCACUCACCCGAGGCGGACGCCGAGGACUCCCGGGGGCCGCUGACCGAGCCGGCGCCCCCGACGCCCUCGCCCCCUGGGCCCGCCCCUGCGCGCUUUCCCUUGGAGGCGCUUUUCAGCCCCAUCACUGAGCAGCUCCGUUACCUGCUCAAGAAGGCGGAUGACUUCCAGAGCUACUUGCUAUACAGCAGGGACCGCGUGCAGAAGGAACAGCUGGCCAAGGCCAUGCCCACCUUCCUGCAGCUGUGUGAGCCAUACUUCCUGUACCUGGAGGCGGCGGCGCGGAGCGUACCUCCCAUCUAUGGGGGCCUGCAGGAACUGGUCCGCAAGGGGCUCCUAGACAUCUCCCAGCAGCUUACGCUGCGGCUGGAGCAGCUGGUGCUCAUGUACGCCUCCUUCGGCUUCGUAGACCUGGAGGAGACGAACCCCCUGAGCAUCUCCUGCUUUUUCUGCGGACGGUUCUCCAUCAGCCCUUCCCACGAGGUCUCCAUCUUCCGCUACUGCUCGCCAGCGGCCUACACUGCCGGCCGCUUCCCCCGAUACCUCUAUAAGAAGAUGCGCUGGAACGUGGAAAGCACCCUGGAGCCCGGCAGCCGUGGACGGGAACCCAGUGUGGAUUACUAUUUCCUGUGCUACCGAGACACCUGGGAAGAUGCAGGGCAGAGUCCAGCCAACUCCUGCCUGCAGAUCCAGAAGCUGUGGUCCAUCGGCCGGUGGGUGCCCCUCGGGCCAGCAGAUGAUGACCUUUACUCUUGGAUUCUGUGUCCGCAGCCGCCCGGGGACUACCAGCAGCUGCUGACCAUCGGGUUCGAGGAGCCGUCGCACAUGCUGGCCACCGACCUGCUGGUACAGAUCCUCACGGGCCAGGCCGGCCCGGCUCAGCCUCCGAGCGCAGGCGCGCCGUUGGCGUGGACCGCGCUGGGGUCCUGAACCCCAAGCCUGGCGCUUGACAGCUGCGGAGUCCGGGGGAGGAGGGUGGGGAGGGGAGGAGCUCACUUGUUCUCCCGGUGCAGCUCAGCCGCGCCGUCCCCGGGGCCCACCCGGGCCCGGCCGCUGCGCCCUGCGCGCGGACACAGCACUUUGGCGUGAAAUAAAAGAAAGAAGUCGCAAGCUCCGUCCGCUCGCCGCGCCC